AUGGAAUUGCGGCAUAAGUUCACCACGUUCGUCCGGCUAAUGCUGUUGCUGAUGGUUGGCGGUGGCAAGUGGGUGCACGUGAAAAGCGAAGGAUUCAAAGCAGACGUGCCGACUCACCUGGAGAAAGUGCUGGUGAAUGAGACAGCUCAAAUCAAAUGCGACGUCUCAUCCAAUCUUACGAACGAUCGUAUCCUGCUGGUGGUGUGGUACAAAGAUAACGUACCAAUCUACAGCUUCGAUACUCGUGGACCUCAUGUUAACUCACCUUCUCACUGGAAGGAUGUUGCCAUCUUGGAAGAUCGUGCCAACUUCAAAACGACACGAGAGCAAAGCCGGGCGAUGCUGGUCAUCAGUCCAGUUCAGAAAAAGGACGCUGGAAUCUUUCGAUGUCGUGUAGACUUUUUGCUAUCUCCUACGAAAAAUAGUAAUGUAAAUCUAGAAAUUGUGGUACCACCCGAUGUACCGAAGAUUCAUAAUGAAGCUGGAGUUGUGCUUCCAUCCCAUGCCGGACCCUACGAGGAGGGUGGCGAUUUGGUGCUGAUAUGCGUCGUCACUGGAGGUAAUCCAACACCGAAGAUUACCUGGUCCAGCAACGGUAAGACGCUGCCGAGCGCAAUGAUUGAUUAUGCACACGAGUCGACACUUAGCAGCCGGCUGGUUGUCAGAAAUCUCUCCCGUGCUCACCAGCAUAACGUAUACAGCUGUCAGGCGACUAACUUCUACCGGAGAAACGUAACCGCCAACGUAACGAUAGAGCUACGAUUACGACCGUUAACAGUGGAGAUUGUGAAUGGAAGCAGUCCACUAUCGGCUGAUCGGCGCUACAUUGUGCAGUGUCAAUCGAUGGGUUCACGACCUCCUGCUAAAAUCACCUGGUGGAUGGGAGGUGUCCAGCUGACGGCAACAAAUCAAACGACGUCCGAGGAUGGAAACAGUACACUGGCAUCGCUCAGCUACACGCCGACCCGGGAAGACCACGGUAAAACGUUGAUCUGCCGCGCUACGAACGAGCUGGUGAAACGGGGGACCAAGGAGACUUCGAUGAAAUUAAACGUCUUCUACCUUCCCACACUGAAGCUGGAGCUCGGUAUCAACAUGAACCCGGAGGACAUCGAGGAAGGAGACGACGUGUACUUUGAAUGUAAAGUGAAUGCAAAUCCGUCUGCAUACAAAGUGGUCUGGAAGCAUAAUGAUCAAGUCGUUCAACACAACUCCAAAUCGGGUGUCAUCAUGAGUAGUACCGCACUGGCGUUGCAGACGGUGACACGUCAUCAGGCAGGCAACUACACGUGCAUCGCCUCGAAUGUUGAGGGUGAUGGCGAAAGCAAUACGGUCCACCUAAAAGUCAUGUAUAAACCAAUCUGUCGUCCGGAUCAGAAGAAAAUCUACGGCGUUGCCCGGAACGAAGCGGCUGAGAUCCUUUGCCAGGUCGAUGCUUAUCCACCACCGGAGUCGUUCAAGUGGUCCUUCAACAACACCGCCGAAACGAUCGAUAUGCCGCAGAGUGGAUACCGCGUUCAUGCCGAGCAAGCGUCGUCACUGACCUACACCCCAGUAAAGGAGCUCGACUACGGGACGAUCAUGUGCUGGGCGGAUAAUGUGGUCGGCCAGCAGAAGGAACCGUGCGUGUUUCAUCUGAUUGCGGCCGGGAAGCCCGAGAUGCCGUACAACUGCUCCCUCGUCAACCAAACGUCCGACUCGCUGGAGGUCGACUGUGCCGAAGGAUUCGACGGUGGUCAACGGCAGUGGUUUGUAAUGGAGAUCUACGACCAGCAGACACACGCCCUACUCGCUAACGUGUCCUCCAAACUGCCAAUCUUCACCGUAAACGGACUGGAUGCCGGACUGCUGCUGAAGAUUGUCAUCUAUGCCACGAACAUGCGCGGCCGCAGCGAACCCAUACUGCUACAGGCGUACACAUUGAAGGCAGCGGAAAAGCAGACAGGUUCCCAUGCCGAAUUCGAGCUGACGCCGAUCGUAUCGAUCGGGAUAUUUAUUGGCAUUUUAACGGUGCUUAUCUGCAUUAUAAUCGCGGUCGCAGCCGCCUUCAAGCUGCGGGCAACCCAGGCCAAACAGCACACCACCACCGGCGGCAAACGGCCCGGUAAUCUGCCAAUUAAGGAGAAAAUAUCAUUACCGCUCAGCCAGUCGGAAGACAUGUACGACGAGAAGAACCCGGACGUCGUCCCAUCGAACGAGGAUCCCGAUUACAAAUUAAUAUCAGCCAAUCAGACUCCCACAGCGCUGCAUAAUUCAUUAUGCAACAGCAAACAUGACAUUAUCGGCAGGACGAUACUAGACGAUAGCCGGAAAACGUACCUAACCGGGUCAGCUAAUGAAGUGCAUUACGCGGAGCUGGCCCUGGCAAUACCGCACGACGACACUAGUGGCAAGAACCAUCUGAACAAUCAUCUGAACAAGCUGCCACCGCCGCCGGCCUACAACUACUUCGACGAGCCGACGAUCUACGCCCAGAUAGAUCACGGUGGCAGCUUCAAGACGGUGGGGCCACCGCUGCAGCAUCCCUCUGCAACGAUACCCGCGUCCGUCGGUUCGUCCGCGACCGGUAACUCCUUCCCGCUAAUAUCACCGGUGUCGCAGCAGCAACACCAUCACCAUCCACUAACGUUGCAGCUGCAACAGGACGCAACGCAACCGGCGUCCUCCCAUCAUCACCACGCGCCUCACACGCCCCACACACCGACGACUGCCUCGCUGCUGCAACUGUCGCAGCCGCUCACGCAGCAUCAAGGUGCCGUCCUGGCGCACUCGCCACUGCAGCUGCCCCACAACCUGCCACAGUCACCCUCGAUACCGACGGCGAACGGCAAUGGCAGCAAGCAAUACCUAAGGGAGAUCGUAACCGUGCGGACACCGCUAGCCUUUUCUCAGCAGGAAAGCUGUGUCUAA